UAUUUCAUUAGCGGGCAGCGCAAACAUCAUUUGAAUGGCGGGAGGCGGUCAUUGGUGAAUCGCGCGUCUGCAGUAACGUCAGGAGAUUUGUGAAUCGCAGCUGGAAUGCGAGCUUGAUUCAGACAAAGCAACGGCGCUGAAGAGACGCACACCGGACUGCCACAUAACGCACAGCCAUGAAGGGAGAGCAUUUAUUUGGCAACAUGAGAAGCGGUCCAUUUCUCCAGCGAGUGUAUCUGCUAGGGGGAGAGGAGCUGGUCGUUCUGCUGCCCACCGUAGGGGAGUCUUCACUAGGAGACAGUUUUCAUCAAAUCACAGACUUCAAUGAUCUCCCCACAUCCCUCUUCGCCUGCAACGUGGACCAAUCAGUAUUUGAAGACCAGGAAGACAAGGAAAUGUUCGAGGCGCUUUUCCUCGCGUACGAUGAAGGUGUGACAUUCCAGCAGUUUAAGAGUUUCCGACGUGUACGAAUCAACUUCAGCAACCCCAAAGCAGCAGCGAGCGCCAGAAUAGAACUGCAUGAGACGCCAUUCAGAGGAAAAAAACUUAAACUUUACUUUGCACAGGUGCAGAAUCCAGCAUCUGAAGGAGAUAAUUUACACCUGGCUCCUCCCCAGCCUUCAAAACAGUUUCUCAUCUCCCCUCCUGGCUCACCUCCAGUCGGCUGGCAACAGAUCGAUGAAGCCAAACCGGUUAUUAACUACGACCUGCUGUAUGCAGUUGCUAAACUCGGCCCAGGUGAGAAGUUUGAGCUUCAUGCGGGCACGGAAUCGACGCCCAGCGUGGUUGUCCACGUCUGCGACAGCGACGCGGAUGAAGAGGAGGAACCAAAGACCAACCCUAAACCAAAAAUCAUCCAGACCCGACGCCCUGACCUGCCCGUCUCACACUGAGAACUCUACAGUUCCCCGCAGGAGGAUCUGUACCCUCCCCAUUUUCUUCACGGGACCUCUGUCAAGCCCCUUCAGAACCUUGUUAAACACACAACCAGGGUCUGACGGAUUCAGAUCCGCGUUCCUCGUCCAGCGCACACAAGUAUACAAUCUUCAAUGUGUGUCACUGCGUUUUUUACGUUGGCAAUAUUCGGUGUCAAAUCUGGCCGCUCUACCGUAUGUAUCCAUUUCUUAGUUUGUGGUACUAUCAUCCUGUCACAGAUAGAGGCAGCACUACCCAUUCCUUCUGAUUGGCUGCACGUAACAGUGUCAAAUGUGCCUAUUGCACCACAAGUAUGUACUAUUUGUACCCAAUUAAGCCAUUUAUAGUACAUUCUUCAUAAGGGCAUGCUAGCCAGUAAAUGUGGCUAAACACCAGCGCUGCAUGCAUGUGGCCCAGAAACCCUUACAGCAUAUAUUGCCUAUUAAUGUACAUUUCUUUCCAAUAAACCCUAUUAUGGUAUAUGGUUAAUCCUGCUAGGCAAUGAGCACAGUUGACCACAGGAACCUUUCCAUCAUGCCAGCGCAUGUUCUGUAUUUACUUUAUUUCCAGCCGUGUAUAAUUGUCAGUGUCUUGCCAACAGUGUUCUUACAAAAAACGAUGCUUUUUUCAAACAAGGAGCUGAUAUUUUUAUUGUAUACUCAUGCAACUUUCAAUACAACCUAUAUGUUGCUUCUCGUAUGAGUUUUUGGUCAAGUGUCUGUGUUCCCUUAUGGAAACUGAAAAUGACAACAUAACUUUCCGGGUUAGUUUACAUCAGCGGCUAAUCCGGUGUGUCAUUUAAUGACGUCUGUAAUAUGCAUGGUUACUUGUUUCUUGAGGUUAAUGUCGUUGUGAGCGAUCCAUUCAUAGGUUUCCUCGUGGUCUGUGAGACUUCAUUCACAUUAUAAUCACGUAAAAUAAGACAAUAAGACAGAUCUUCCAAGUGCUAUUACACAUUGGGUGUCAUAAACGCAAAUAUUAGGAUGUCAAUUUUUUAUUCAAACAAUAUCUUUUGCUGUGCCUAAUCUAAUUAAACACAAUAGAUAUACGUAAGCACAGGACACAUCACAAAGGCACAAUGCGACCUAAAUGUGUGCCGCAAAAUGUAAAUCGUUGUCAUACGUACAUACAGUGCAGUAUAAAGAUUAUAUGUUUAAACCUCUUCCAAGACUAUGAAAUGAGUCCCGUCCCAGACAAUACAUCAACACUGUGAUGUCAUUUCUGAUACCUGACUUACGCCCUAUGUUUAAGUAUGAAUAUAUUUGUUUUGUAAAUUUAAAGAGGUGUGAUCUGGCUGAAUAGUCUGUUGUUCGGUGUUAUUGCUGUGUUGGGGUGGUAGCCACAGUGUCAACUUUCACAAUGUUAUUAACUGUGUUUUCUCAAAACCACUGGAUGUCAUUGAAGGAAUUUGUUUGUCAUGCUGUGUCAUUUAUCCUGAAUGUAAAAUACAUCCCAACUCUGUGUGUUCACAGUUUGCAGUUUUUCUAAAGCAAUGACUAUUUUACUGUUGUGUAAACAGGGUAUUUACUGCUCUAUGACAUCACAGUCUGCAAUGUGAUGCACAGUCAUUUGUUUGUGCUUCUGUGCAUAACCUAGUCUUUGAACAUGUAACAACAGAUACAGGAUCAGAUUUAUAAAAGAAAGGCAUGAGAGCAAUAUAUAACAACUGAAACUCACCCUUAAUUCAUAUUACUGUACCUGCUUGGCCAAUCUGCUCUUCCCUAUACUCGAUUCAUACGAUCUACACAUGUUCUUGCAGUCUCACACGCUGCCAGCCUUCCUUGCUGUCCUGUAAUUUACAUUUUUUUGUAUUGUUCUGUAUUGCACUUUCACAUGACUGUAUCAUUCAGUAACUGUAUUUUGUUUUCUUCAUGUACUCCUGAAGACAUGAUAUUAUUAUCUCUGUUCUUAAAGUCUGGAGUUUGUGUCACUGAUGUUGGGAAACGAUAUCUGUAUUGUGCAUACUUGUGCAAGACGAUCGGUGUUCUUGUCAUAUACGUGUACGUCCUGCCUGCAGACACUAUGGAGACAUAUCUGUAUAUAUUAAUCAAUAAUAUUUUUACUGCAUUUUUGUACAAAUAUUCAUGGUAGCCAUGUACAAGUAGUCGAGAUGAUUCUUUGUUAGUAUUAAAAAAAAAGUUUGGUUUUAAA